AGUAACAUUUUGUUUUAAUUUUCGCCUAGAUCCAUAGAACAAAAUGACUGAAUUUCAGGGCAGAGGCCACUUACUUGACGGUGGCUUUAGCCUUCCAUUUUAUCCAUAUCGCUCAUAUAUCAAAUACAUUUAUAAAAUCGUAGUCUUUCAAGCUGCACUGUGCUACAUUCUGUAUUCACUGGGCGUAACGUUCUCCCUCGCUUCUUACCAUGAUCAUCUGACCGCCCUUUAUACACUGUUCUUUGGUAUCGCUGUUCUAUUAUAUGAAUCGAAUUCACCAUUUUCUGGGCUAAUCACCGUAAUUCUCCCCGCCAUAGAGGAAGACAUGGUCAAGCACGCCCUUUACUUCCUAGUUGGAGUUCCAAACAUCUUCUGCUUCGAGAGUUUUUACUUCCAACUUGGUUCUAUCAUAUUCGCGGUCGUUGGACUCCUCGGGGCAGCAACUUCCUUCAGGUAUGGAAAUCUGCUCGGAACUUACUUGGCAGCCAGUGAGCUUCCAACCACAGAAUAGACAUUUUAAACUGGCAUAUGUCCAUAAACU